AUGCAACGGCUGGCGUUGCAUUAUCCUACUCUAGAUCCUGCAGCAGAACCACCAACAGAACACAUUCUCCAGCAGUCUAAUCCCACAAUGUCCAACAUCAUCAGCCAGGCCGCCCAGUCGGCAAAGGAGGCUCUCACCAGCGCCCCCGACAGCAAGAAGAUUGAGGAUCUCAAGAACGAGUUCAAGGAGACUGGCAAGGAUGCCCGCCUCACCACCGACUAUGGUGUCAAGCAGACCUCGGCCGACGACUGGCUUAGGAUCGUCAGCGAUGACAAGAUUGGUCCUUCCCUCCUCGAGGACCCCUUUGCUCGUGAGAGGAUCAUGCGCUUCGAUCACGAGAGAAUCCCCGAGCGAGUAGUCCACGCCCGUGGCAGCGGUGCCUUUGGCAAGUUCAGAGUCUACGAGAGCGCCGAAGACCUCACAAUGGCCAAGGUCCUUACCGAUACCUCGCGCGAGACCCCCGUCUUUGUGCGCUUCUCUACCGUCCUCGGCAGCAGGGGCAGUGCCGACACUGUUCGUGAUGUCCGUGGUUUCGCCACCAAGUUCUACACAGAGGAGGGUAACUGGGAUCUCGUUGGCAACAACAUCCCCGUCUUCUUCAUCCAGGACGCCAUCAAGUUCCCUGAUGUCAUCCACGCUGGCAAGCCCGAGCCUCACAACGAGGUCCCCCAGGCCCAGUCCGCUCACAACAACUUCUGGGAUUUCCAGUUCAACCACACCGAGGCCACUCACAUGUUCACCUGGGCCAUGAGUGAUCGCGCCAUUCCCCGUUCCUACCGCAUGAUGCAAGGAUUCGGUGUCAACACCUUUACUCUCAUCAACGCCCAGGGCAAGCGUCACUUUGUCAAGUUCAUCUGGACUCCCGAGCUCGGUGUCCACUCCCUCGUCUGGGAUGAGGCCUUGAAGCUGGCUGGUCAGGACCCUGAUUUCCAUCGCAAGGAUCUCUGGGAGGCCAUUGAGAACGGCGCCUACCCCAAGUGGAAGUUUGGUAUCCAGGCCAUUGCCGAGGAGGACGAGCACAAGUUCGACUUUGAUAUUCUCGAUGCCACCAAGAUCUGGCCCGAGGACCUCGUCCCCGUCCGCUACAUUGGUGAGAUGGAGCUUAACCGCAACCCCGACGAGUUCUUUCCCCAGACCGAGCAGAUCGCUUUCUGCACCAGCCACGUCGUUCCCGGCAUUGGCUUCUCCGACGACCCUCUUCUCCAGGGCCGCAACUUCUCCUACUUCGACACCCAGCUCUCCCGUCUUGGCGUCAACUUCCAGGAGCUUCCCAUCAACCGCCCUGUGUGCCCCGUCAUGAACUUCAACCGUGACGGUGCCAUGCGCCACACCAUCUCCCGCGGCACCGUCAACUACUACCCCAACCGUUUCGACGCCUGCCCUCCCGCCUCCCACAAGGAGGGCGGUUACCUCGAGUACGCCGAGAAGGUAGCUGGCAUCAAGGCCCGUGCCCGCAGCUCCAAGUUCAAGGAGCACUACAGCCAGGCCCAGCUCUUCUGGAACUCGAUGUCGCAGAUCGAGAAGAACCACAUCAUCAACGCCUUGGGCUUCGAGCUCGACCACUGUGAGGACCCUGUUGUCUAUGGCCGCAUGGUCCAGCGUCUCGCCGACAUCGAUCUCGGUCUUGCUCAGACCGUCGCCGAGAUGGUUGGCGGUGAGGCUCCCACUACCACUGACCACCCCAACCACGGCAAGAAGACCAUCAAGCUCAGCCAGACCGAGUUUCCUCCUGCGGCCCCUACCAUCAAGUCUCGCCGUGUUGCCAUCAUCAUCGCCGAUGGCUACGACAACGUCGCCUACGACGCUGCCUAUGCCGCCAUCUCCGCCAACUUGGCCAUCCCCCUCGUUAUCGGCACUCGCCGCUCCAAGGUCACUGCCGCCAACGGCUCUACCGUCCAGCCCCACCACCACCUCGAGGGCUUCCGCUCGACCAUGGUCGACGCAAUCUUCAUUCCCGGCGGCGCCAAGGCCGUCGAGGCGCUCUCCAAGAACGGUCGUGCUCUGCACUGGAUCCGUGAGGCUUUCGGUCACCUGAAGGCCAUCGGCGCUACUGGCGAGGCGGUUGACCUCGUGGCCAAGGCGAUUGCCCUGCCUCAAGUCACCGUCAGCAACGAGACCGAGGUUAACGAGAGCUACGGUGUUGUCACCCUCAAGCAGGUCAAGCCUGAGAGCUUCACGGAUACGGUCAAGAUUGCCAAGGGUGCUGCUGGCUUCUUGGGCGAGUUCUUCUUUGCCAUUGCCCAGCACAGGAACUGGGAUAGAGAGUUGGAUGGUCUUAACACCAUGAUUGCGUACUAA